CUCGGUGAGAAGCACAUCGCUCCUGCAUUGCUCCAUGAAAAAGUGUGAAAAAUAGUUGACUUUGACUCAGGGAAGACAGAAUCGGAUUCCAGUGCUAGAUAAUAUUCCUCGUUUUGUCCUUUUUAAAAGGAAUAGAGGAAUUUAUAUAAAGCUAUAAAUUUUAAGGUUACAUAACCUAAUUGUGUCGUCCACGUGUUUAAUAGACAACCGUUGUCCAAUGGUUUUUGGGUCUUCUGGAACCAUUGGACGUUAAAACUUGUACCUGGUUAAUAAGGACUUUUGUCCAGGACCAAAAGGGCGGUGGUUGAGCCGUAAGUCCGCCCAAAGUUGAAGAAGAAGAAGAAGAAGAAUUUAUAGGUUAUGUUGUUACUUUUUCGCCAAAACAAUGAAUUUCAACGUUAAUUUGCAAAAUAAGGACUCAAUUUGUAGGUUUUGCCUUGAAAGUAACGAAAAAGUGGACUUUCCGUUGUUUAUAGAGAAGAUUGAGACUGACUUCCACGAUGUUUUAAAAGCUGUAAAUAUUAUUGUGGUGUACAACGAAAAUCUGCCCAGCUCGAUAUGCAAUGCCUGCAGAAACGCAAUAGAAUCAUUUCAUAAGGUUAAGUCACAAAUACACAAAAACGAAGAAUUUUUAACAACAAUAUACACUGUUAAAAAUAGUGAAAACGUUAAAACGGAAUUAAUAUACGAAGAGUCGGAAUUGUGCUUCUCAGACAAUGAUGAAGAUUACAAGCCUGCUAAAGCCAGGUUAAAAAAACACAGCAUUAAAUGUGAGUUGUGUAAUAAACGUAUUGCCAAGGAAAAUAUAAAAGAACAUGAGUUAUUGUGUGGGAAGGAGGAUGAGGGGAAUUUGGUGGAGGAAAUUAAGAGUUACACAUGUAAUAUUUGUGGGAAUGAGUAUGGCACAGAGGUUAGAUUAUCAUUACAUUACAUUCAGCAUGUAAUGUAUGAUAGUGACAAAAAGAUUGAUUUUUUUCUGUUUUGUAACUACUGCGGCCACAUAUUGAACAAUAAAGAUGAAUAUUUAUUGCACAUACAAGAUUAUCAUAGAGAAAUUAGUGAUAAAUGGCAAUGUAAAGUUUGUGAUGUAAUUUUUGAUACAGAAUUCACUUUAAUGAAACACAUACACCACAGUGAUGAAUGUAAAAUAAUAACAACUCACAUAAACAGCGCAAUAUGUUUACUAUGCAAAAAGGAAGUAUCUGAACCAUUGACAUACCACAUAAAACAGCACUUAUUAAAAAGAUACACAUGCAGAAUAUGCCAGGAAAAAUACAUAACCUCCAUAGGCUACAACACGCACCUUAAAAAACACUCACAAUACAAAUACAGUUGUGAGCACUGCUGCAAGGUUUUCAUCUCGAAAAAAAACAUAGCAAAACACACAAAAGAGAUACACAAUAGCGACCAUUUUGUCUGUGAGGUUUGCUCAAAAGUUUUCACGAGAAAACAUAACCUAACCCUGCACAAAAAACACACCCAUGAUGAUAAGUACAAAAACUUUAUUUGCUCUAUUUGCGCGUACGCAACGAAUUCAAACAGUGAACUCAGAAAGCAUGAAAGACUUCACUCAAAUGAAAGACCUUUUAAAUGUACUUUUGAUAAUUGUAACAAAUCCUACAAAACCAGCAGCCAUCUAAGUCACCACAUAAAAACGCAUCUAAACAUAAGAAAUUUCGUCUGCGAAUACUGCGACAAGUCGUUUUACACCUCCAAAAACCUCAAACAUCACAUUUUAUCGCACACUGGAGUGAGGGAUUUUAAAUGCUCACUGUGCGAUCAAACGUUCAAAAGAAGAGACCAACUGACAGCGCACAUGAAGAAACGCCACGGUUGUUUUUAGUUUGUACCAUAGAAAAUAAAAAAUAACAAU